UCCAUCGUUUACUGUCCUGGGAAGAAGAUAGGUCAGGAAAAUAUCGCGGAAGAAAGAAUUUGCCUGGAUAGGUAGGGGGAUGCUUCGUUAUGGUUCCGUCAUUGGGCCGAUCGUCUCCUUCAUGGCCUCUUUUCCGCCCCACCCGUUCGCCGACACGUUCGUCCAUGGAAGCGUAGGUACGCGCGUGGAACAGGCGCCUCGCUGCCAUCAGUUGCAAUAUAAAACUCGUGCGAUACGUUCGUGGAACGGUGAAUCGUACGUGGCUGCUCGAACGCGAACGUAGUGACUGUCACGCGCGCGUGCUAACACCGCUUUGCGUUUACGAAUCGUUUCGAAGAGGAAACCGGAUCUCCCGGUUGGUGAUUCCACGAAAUCGUGCCGCAUCGCACGCCUUUCUCGUUGGGUACCCGGUGCACGAAAAAAAAAAAAAAAAAAAAAAAGAAACGUUAAACACGAAGCUUCCAGAGGACCGCGACUCGGGGUGCAACAACGAAGGGAGGGCGAUGAAAACGACGUUAUCCUCGAGUGACAUGGUCACGCAGGAGAUAAAAGACAUCUGCAAGGACCUCGUCCUUUCGAAUGACCAGCUACGGCUGGUCAUGCAGAGGCUCAACGAGGAGAUACAGAAAGGGCUAGCCAAGGAAACGCACAACGACGCCAUCGUCAAGUGCUUCACGACUUAUGUACAGGAUCUUCCAAAUGGAACUGAGAAGGGCAACUUUUUGGCGCUGGAUCUGGGCGGUACGAACUUCAGGGUACUACUCAUCACCCUGGACGGUCAGAACUUCGACAUGAAGAGCAAAAUUUACGCGAUACCGCAGAGCCUCAUGCUGGGAACCGGUACCCAGCUCUUCGAUCACAUAGCCCAGUGUUUAGCCCUGUUCGUGAAGGAUCUGGAUCUCCAGGACCAGGUUCUGCCCCUUGGGUUCACCUUCAGCUUUCCGUUGACUCAGCACGGAUUGACGAAGGGCUACCUCGUCAGGUGGACGAAGGGCUUCGACUGCGAAGGCGUGGUGGGCGAGGAUGUCGUUGCUCUCCUCGAGAAGGCGAUAGAGAGAAGAAAGGAUGUCAAAAUCGACGUGUGCGCCAUUUUGAAUGACACCACAGGAACGUUAAUGUCAUGCGCUUGGAAAAACAGGAAUUGCCGUAUCGGAUUGAUCGUUGGAACGGGUAGCAACGCCUGCUACGUGGAGAAGACGAAGAACUUGGAGUGCGCGAUACCUGGAAAUUACUCGCCCGACAAGCCAAACAUGUUGAUAAACACCGAAUGGGGCGCCUUCGGAGAGCGCGGAACUCUCGACUUCGUGACGACGGAGUACGAUCGAUCCAUCGACGAGAACUCGAUCAACCCUGGCAAACAAUUAUUCGAGAAGAUGAUCUCUGGAAUGUACAUGGGCGAGUUGGCGAGGUUGGUCCUCGAGAAGGCUGUCGAUGCUAACCUCCUGUUCGGUGGAAAAGGCCCUAGCAACAUCAAGAAACGCGGAAAGUUCUUCACCAAAUACGUAUCCGAAAUUGAAAACGACCCCAAAGGAAAGUACACGAACUGCCGUCAGGUUUUGUCGGAACUGGGUAUGCGGAACGUGAGCGAUCAGGAUUGCGAGAAUGUUAGGUACGUUUGCUCCGUUGUGUCGCGAAGGGCGGCCCAUCUCGCCAGCGCUGGAAUCGCCACUCUUCUCAACAAAAUGGGAGAGAACGACGUCACAGUAGGGAUCGACGGUUCGGUUUACAGAUACCACCCACACUUUCACGAUCUUAUGACCGAAAAAAUCAGCCAGUUACAGAAUCAUACGUUCGGCUUGAUGCUGUCAGAAGACGGUAGCGGCCGCGGCGCGGCGCUGGUCGCCGCGGUUGCGGCGCAAAAACGGUGAAGAUAGGGGCUGUGCCACGUCUGUUCGACUUAGCUUAAAUUAAGUUAUAUACGCAGUAACAACACAAAUUUUCACACAUACACCCAAGAAACCAUUAACGUAUAUGUACACGAAUGCAUAAAAGUCACGCGUAUGCGUCGAGGAGGAAGUCGAGGAAGCUGGGAAGGAUUGGCGAACAAAGAGAAACGAAAACAGAGAGACAAAUGGGAGUCCGAAACACGAGUGAGUGAGAACACCAGAGGCACAGAGACUUCAAGAUUUGUUAGAGAAAAUUAGAGAAAGUCAGAGAGGGAUCUACGACCAGUCUACGAGCUAGUAUUGCACGCGGAGUGAGACGCGUAGCGUGGAUCACUUUGAAAAAAAUAAAAACGAGCAGAAGUUCGAUUGAUUCGAUACAUCUGUUCGGAGAUGUAGUCUCCUAAAAUUAACGCCGUUCAAUUUGGGUGAAAGUGACGGCGAUAGAAAAAUAGAACGAAAACGGCGAUACUCCUAGUUGUGCGUUUUCGCACGUGGUCCAGCGACUGAUUCGACGACUCUAACGCGGUUGCUAGAGUGCAAACGAAUAAAUCAAUAUUUAAAAUGUUACAUUACUGCCAGGAGUGCAGCUCAGAAGAUACGAACUGGAAGUAUUUAAACAAUGGAGAGGGAUACGCGAAUUCGCGAACAGAAUAACUCGAGUCAAUACGGAGAUUUCCAUUUUCAAGUGAUCUUCACGCACUGAAAUGAAACUGAACGUUAUAUUUUUCAUUGGAUAUCCGGGAGAAUACCAGAAGUGGACCGUUGAAGUCUUCCCGAUGAAAAGGAGUCCAAAGACGACCCAAUUCGGACUACCUUUUAUUUCGAGUCAUUGGAACUCUUCAAAAAAUGAUUUCAAUGACUUGUAAUAAAAGUGAUCCGAUCGAUGCCGUGUUUGGUCUCGUUUUCACGGAGAAAACUUCGCCAAGCAUUUGGUAAUAUUCUCACGAAGAUUAAAUAAAAGAUAUAAAAGUUUUUGAAUGUUUACAACGGAAGGUUUGCGAAGACCUCGGUUGGAAGCGAACAGGCGGUCGCUUGAAAGCGGGAACCGUUUCAAAAGUCGCGUGUCCUGCGAUCCCGUAGGCUGAGCCUCUUCUGUUUCUCGUUUCGGGCUGCGACGGUAGGGUGUCGAAACAAAGAGGACGACGGUUAACGACGGACGGAUUCUUUGGUUCGCAUAGAUCGAUUUAUAAAUUAUUUGUAUCGUCGUUUUAUCCUACAGUAAUCUUAUUGUAACGUGUAGAGCGCGUGAGCGAGCGAUGGAUGGACGAACGAUGCGAGAAUGGGCGAAAGAGUGCGAGUAGCGUGUUUUACAACAGUUUACUAGCGAACAGUAGUACCGUUUUAAGGGAUUUUAGGCGGUUUGAAGUAUUUUUAGAUUUAUAGGCCACGGUCGCGCUAGAAAACAGCUCGGUGUCCUUUCAUUUUUUUUUCUUUUUUUUUUCUCUCUCAUUGUCGCGCGACAGUUUUUCGUGUCCGUGACGAACUCGAGACCCGCUAAAAGGAAAAAAGAGAAAGAUAGAAAGAAGAAAACGUGGGGGAGAGAGCGAGAGCGACUGUGUAUAGCACAAUUUGCGUUUGAAGUCGAUGGAGAAAAAGAGACGUAACUAAUUUAAAGAAACUUAAACCUUAAUCGUAAGUAUUAUUAUUAUUGUAUUCUACCCGGUGGAUCGUCGUUGAACGACCAGAGAAACCGGGAGGGGGCUAAGAAGAGACUAGCGAUUUUCUGAUUUCUCCAUCCGUCUUCGAGUACCCUCGCACUUCCUCGUUACCUGCUCUCCCCACCCUAAAAAAAAAAAGCAAAAAAAAAACACUCGCGACCGCGAAUGGUCGCUACUCCCUCAUCUCGACACGGACGCGUAACAGGGAUACGUGUCGCAACGUGUAUUUUAUUUUGAACGUUGAUUGCCAUUCAACGUGCGUUCCUACGAGUAAGAUUACGAAACGUAGGAAAGAUGGUCGCCCUCUUUCCUCCCCCUCUGCCUCCGAAAGUUGCGCGAAAACAAGACAAAACGUUCGCGUUGUCGGAGACCCAGAUCUCUCUCUCUCUCUCUCUCUCUCCCUCUAUUGUUUGUACUUGUUAUUGUCGUCACUACGAUAAGAAACGCGCGCGCGACGCCAGUGAUAGAAAAAUAAUCGAACACACGCAUACACGUAUAUACGUAUAAACGCAACAUAUACAACCUAUGCGGACAGGUGAACGCAUUUUUCACGCGGAUUCUACCUCGAGAACUCUGGUUCCGCGCUCGUGUCGAGCGUUUCCGAUUCCUCGUUCCCCCUUUCUGUCAUCACCAUGCUGCGACGACUGUGGAGACCGAAGGCGGUGAGUACCGACACGAGUCGCGAUAAGAGACUUCUUUUCAUUUUUCAAUCGUAGCGGCCAUAGACGCAACGAUUCAUCCUAUAGACAGAAGUAAAUAGCAUAGGUAGCUCGACGAGUUUAAUAAAAUCCCAGGACUCGGUUGGUUUGGACGUUUCUUUCGUCAUGUUUUUAUAGUAUCGUGUCAAACGGAGUCACACAGGCUCGGGCGAUGAUCCAACCUGUUGUUAUCCCAGCCAUUGUUUCUCGGGGCUCUUAUUGAACUUGUCGAGCUAGGUACGAGUGGCUUCAGAAUCGGUUGGGAAUCAGGGUCACAGAGAGACAUGGGUGAGACUUGCACUGUGAGUCGUGCAUAGCUCAACAGGUCGAGUAAGACAACUCUGGAGUAAAAUAUCGGGUCCUAGACAAUAACAGAUGGGUUACGAGUCUAGGGGUAGUCUGAUCACCUAGCUUCAUCCCUGCCACUAGUUUAUCAAUUCUCAGAUCACUCGGAGCUCUAUAUUGAACUCGUUGAGCUAUGUAUGAAUACACGAUUGCAGGGGAUCAGGGUACAGAGUGAAACUGAAACAAGUCUGUCCUAGGAGACGUGUAUUUUCAGUCGAAAUGCAGUAAUUACUUUAAUAAUAUUUUACGUCUCUGUAUUGCGAGGCAUGUAUAGCUCAAUAAAUUAAAGAAGAUCCCUGGA